UAUUUCCAUUUACAGUUUGACCUCAGCUACAAUCGUUACAUAAAAAUGACUUUAUUUUCAACUACAUUGUUGUUUGUGGUUAUUAUAGCUGACUUUAGAUCUUCUAUUGCACAAUUGGAAGGUUUUGACCAAAGGUAUCAUGACCCACAUUUUAUGGAUGGAAGGACAAUAAUUGUUCAAAUGUUUGAAUGGAAAUUCAAUGAUAUUGCAAAGGAAUGCAAGGAUGUAUUGGGUCCAGGUGGAUUUGGUGGCGUCCAGGUUUCUCCCGUGUCCGAAAAUUCCAUUAGACGGGAUUUCAAUCGACCCUGGUGGGAACGCUACAAUCCUAUUUCCUAUGAAAUAAUAACACGAUCAGGCAAUGAAGACGAUUUCAGGGAUAUGGUAGCCACAUGUAAUGCUGUAGGUGUCCGAACCUAUGUGGAUGUUGUGAUGAAUCACAUGGCUGCACCAAUACCAUUUGGAAAUUUCAACCACGAAGAGGACUUUGACAAUGACAUGGAAAGUUCGGAAUUAUUGGUUACCGAUGAUGUCCUUGAAGGCACUGGAGGAAAUAUAGCAAACGCUAGUUCUCGAGAUUAUCCAGGAGUUCCCUAUACUUCGACAGACUUUCAUUCUAAAUGUUCCAUCAAUGAUCCCUCAGAUGGGCAGCUGAUUAGGAAUUGCGAAAUAUUGCAACUUCCUGAUUUAGAUCAUUUUCAAGUUUCAGUUACUCAAAAGCUGGUUGAUUUCUUUAAUAAGCUGAUAAAAUUCGGUGUGGCAGGAUUUCGAAUUGACUCAGCUAAAUACAUAUGGCCAGUGGACAUUAAGAAAAUAUUUGGAAAACUAAAUAACUUAAAUACUGACUUUGAUUUUCCGGAAGAGGCGCGUCCAUUUUGUUUAAUAGAAAUCAUUGAUACCAACCGUCAAGCUGUAUCAAAAACUGAAUACUCAGGGUACGGUGUUGUGACCGAGACUCAGCAUGCAAUUCAAAUAAGAGACCAUUUCAAUGGUUUACAGCCUUUGAAUAGGCUUUUAAAUUGGGGACCAGCCAUGGGAUUUUUGAUGCCUCCAGAUGCAUUAGUCUUUGUAGACACCCAUUACACUCAACGGGGCCAUGGACUUGGCGGUAAUAUCGAACCGGAAUCUAUUUUGAACUUUGAAAGACCGAAAAAAUACAUCAUGGCUGUAGCGUUCAUGCUCGCUCAUCCGUAUGGUAUUAAACGGAUUAUGAGUUCGUAUCGAUUCGAAAAUCCUGACCAAGGACCACCAUCCGAUGAAAAUGAAGCAAUAUUAUCACCGGAGUUCAAUAAGGACGACGGACAGUGCGUCAAAGAAUCAGGAUGGGUGUGUGAGCAUCGCUGGAAUGCAAUCGCAAAUAUGGUCGAAUUUGCAAACUUUGUCGCGGGUGAGGGUAUCAAUAGCUUUCAGAAUGCUGGACCGAAUCAUGUUGCAUUUUGUCGUGGAAUCAAAGGGUUUUUGGCACUGAACAACGACCCGGAGACUGAUUUCCAAAGAAGAAUGUAUGCCUGCGUGAAACCAGGAGAGUAUUGUGAUGUCAUAAGUGGCAGCUUAGUAGAUGGCAAUUGUACAGGCAGACAAGUAACUGUGGACGAGAGCAGAUAUGCAAUGGUUAGCUUGGCAGCUGAUGAUGUCGAAUACGGUGUGUUGGCCAUUUACGAAGGUUCCAAACUUGAGUGAAAAUCAUGUUUUAUACAAUCAAAAAAAGAAAUUUUAAUUAAUUAAUUAAUCAAAGUGUCUAUGAACCCAACAUCAACAUACAUAAUAAUGAAUUUCUUAGGUCUUUAUCGAUGUUUCACGAAGUUCACGAAGAAAACAUUCUUUUACACACCUUUUGACCCAAUUUAGCUUCUUUGAAUAACAAAUUUGUUUGGUUAUCUCAAAUUAAAAUCACACUUCUGGGCCGUUGGGGCUUGGACUUUUUUUCCGAGGGACUAUCAAAAAAGAAUUAAUUUCCCUGUUCAAUGAAUGAGACAAAACUGAAGCAUAAUCAAUAUGACGGUGACAAGGACGACGACGAACGACGCUGCCGGUGUUGGCUUUCAUUGGUUGUGUUAAAAUAAUAUUAAUUGUUUCCGAUUUCUGUUUUUUUUUGUUAAUGCUAUGAAUAAAAAGAAUAUUUUUCCUCUAUCAGAAUAAAAAGAAACAACAGCAAUAAA